AUGCACGUGAAAUGUAACGGAGGCACCGAGGAGGUCGGCUCGUCGGCCCAGCCGACAACGCCCUCUCGCCUCUCGCGUCGAUGUGCAGCCUGCGAAACCCAACCGGCUGCAUCCCGCCAGUUUGUCACGCCCCUAUGGUUCGUCUUUGCCGUGUAUGCUCUUUUUUUCGCCGUUGAAUGCGAUUCCGUGAGCUCUCUUGCCGUGACAGAUGGCAACACUGUCUUCGAGGAUGAAUCCUUUAUCUCGUAUUCCGAUGAAGACGCCUCCGUGCAGGCCUCCUACGAUGGAGAAGAUGAAAUCUUUUCACUCGCGUAUGCUAACCGAGAGGCAGGAAUCGGCGCCGUUGCAGAUACUAAACCCAAAGUCCCCGCCCAACCAAGUGAUACCCCAAAGGUAGACCCGCCGUACACUGGUGGGGGCGCCGCGCACGGCCAUGGCGCCACUCGUGUAUACUCAUCGACAUCCCCUGGGAGCACGUCUGCCUCGUCCAUCCUCCCAGAACCAGAGAUGCUGCCUGCGACUACAGACACUUUCGCAGGGGUAUCGCCGGCGCCGCACGAUAGCACAUCAGCCUCAAGAGCAUCGUUUCAUAUUGGGACAAUGGAAGCUACUGCGGCUGGGACCACGGCAAUGCCUCCGCCCGUCCCACAUGAUUCUACAGCUGCCUCGCGCCAUGCCAACAUCCUGCUACCUCCCUACUCAGUUCCAGCUGAAAAACCCUCUUAUCCGCAACCUUACGCCGCAGUUGUGGUUGGAUCUCCGACACCUAAUAUCACCAGGGGAGAUGUUAUCCGGCCCAGACCCCUUCCAACGGGUGAGCCCAGUGCAGUUGUGGUGCAACCCCCAAAACCCUUUGGUGUCACAGCAACGGGUUUGACCCCGAAAGGCGCUGGGAGGCGGCUGGUUAUGCCGAUACGUACCUCAAAGGUGGUGCGGGGACCACGCAGACGACCCCCGCACUCUCUGGUCCGCCUGCACAAGCGCUGGAGCGCCACAUUGUGGAGUACAGGAGCAAGGAUGGCAAGGACGGUUGAUGCCCAGCGACACGUGUCUCGAGCGACCCAAGUCCUGGCCCUUGUGGCUCUCGUUUCGGUCUUACUGGCGGUUUAUGCCAUACGGCAGAACAACUAUUUCGCCACGCAUCCACUUGACGACCCUAAUGAUUCAGGUGAGCGUUUGCCCCGAUCAAAAUAUGUGAGACAUGCGCAUUAG